AUGUAUGUUGCCCGCCAGAGGGCGCGAGCGAGCAGCGCCGAGCUCGAGCGCAUGUGGCGCGCGAAACUCGAGGCAGGCAGCCUGCGUAGCAGCGUCGACAUCGCCGACCCCGACGACGACGAGGACGACGACGAUGUCGCGGCGAGGUCAAAGGUCGCAGCGCCGCCGCCGCCGCCGCCGCCGCAGCAGCGUGACAUCGACCUCAUGUGGCAGGAGAAGAUGGAGCACGCGGACAGCGGCAAUCGCAUCGAGGUGCUCGAUUCCACGCUGGACGGGGACGGUCCGAGCGGCGGCGGCCCCGGCCGCGCCAAGAACACGAAACACCGAUUCAAGCCGUUCAAGUCGCCCGAGUGUAAGGUGUCGUGAGGUCACCGUUAUAGUGUCGUGAGGUCACCGUAAAGUGUCGUGAGGUCAACGCAAGGUUUCAUGAGCUCACUGCAAGGCGUCGUGAAGUCACAUUAAAGGUGUCGUGAGGUCACCGUAAAAGUGCCGUGAGGUCGCCAUAAGGUGUCGUGAGGUCGCCAUAAGGUGUCGUGAGGUCGCCAUAAGGUGUCGUGAGCGCGCCGCAAGGCGUCGUAACACGUCAAUGCACAAGGUGUCAGGUGUAAGCUGUAAGGUACGUGUACAGUGUCCGACAUAUGGUGUACGGUGUAAAGAACAUCAAUGCAUAAGGCAUCAGGUGUCAAGCAGCAAGGCAUAACUUGUAAGGCACAAUGCAUCAGGUGUAAUGCGGACGGACAAGAUGGAUUCAGAGAUGUCCAUUUAUCGAGAGACUCUAGUGAGAAGCGGCAUAAGUUCGCGCAUGCGUGAAUAGCGUGGUGAUGGUAGACAGGUAGCAGGUCGUGUGAGUGCAUGGUGGCGCCACGUAACGGCGGGUGUAUAUAUAGAGAGUGUACGCGCGUUUACGCUGUACAGUACUCUUGUUUAACCUGUGUUGGUUUUCAAACGUUGAGUGUUAGAGCGAUCCCAUGUGUGCGUGCGAAACAGAUAAUAAGAGAGAGAAGGAGAACGAGAAGGGAAGAGAGAGCGAGAGAAGGAGAGUGAUAAGGGAGGAGAGAGAGAGAGAGAGAGAAGGGAAGAGAGAGAAGUAGAGAGACGAGUGAAGCAAGAACAGAAGCGAUUACACGGAGCUGUAAACGCAAAAGAGCUGUAAUCAAGGACAUCGGUCUAUAUUACCACGAGUUUCUAAUGUAAAUUACCUAACAACGACAGCAACAUAUAUAUAUAUAUAUAUAUAAAUUACUUAUAUAUAUAUAUAUAACAAUAUUGCAACCUUUUCGUUAGGUCUGCGUGUAAACUUUCUGUUAUGUGCUUGGCGGAAUAUGGAAUACACGAGUCCUAUCAUAGCUGACUCAUAUACUGAACGAUAUAUAGAGGCAGUACACGCACGCAUAUAUGUAUCAUUUCGUGUACGAACUUGUAGUAGUUGAAGUUAUAGGCGAUAGUUAAGUGAUAGUUCGCAUUUAUAGCGGCAUUAGUAUUAUUAUUAUUAUUAUUGGGAGCGCGUGCUCGGUGCUUGAUGCUACAUGGUGUUGUCUCUCGCUAUAGCGCACUACGCAACCAACGGGACCAUAGUCUCGGUUCGCGGGACCACAGUCUCGGUCUACGAGACCACAGACUCGGCUCAUGGGACCAUAGUCUCGCUUCACGUAUAUAAUAAAGUUUGAUACGAUAUUCACGAGUAUACACGUA